AUGUUAGAACUCAGAAGAAAGAAGACCAAAGUGAAGAGGUACAGCGUACGAGAAAGAAAGGGCCAUGUGUACCACGAGGUCAGCGAGCCCCAGGAUGACAACUACCUGUAUUGUGAGGAAUGUCAGAACUUCUUCAUCGACAGCUGUGCUGCCCAUGGGCCCCCAACCUUUGUAAAGGACUCUGCAGUGGAAAAGGGGCAUGCCAACCGCUCAGCCCUCACUCUGCCCCCUGGGUUAAGUAUCAGGCCAUCGGGCAUCCCUAAGGCUGGGCUUGGAGUGUGGAACGAGGCAUCCGAUCUGCCACUGGGCCUGCAUUUUGGCCCCUACGAGGGUCAGAUCAUAUACAAUGAAGAGGACUCCCACAGUGGAUACUGCUGGAUGGUCACCAAAGGGAGAAACAGCUACGAGUAUGUGGAUGGAAAAGACACGUCUUUGGCCAACUGGAUGAGGUAUGUGAACUGUGCCCGGGAUGAUGAGGAGCAGAACCUGGUGGCCUUGCAGUAUCACGGGCAGAUCUUCUACCGAACCCGCCAGGUGGUCAGGCCGGGCUGUGAGCUGCUGGUCUGGUAUGGGGACGAGUAUGGCAAGGAACUCGGCAUCAAGAUGGACAACAGGGGGAAGAGCAAGCUCUCGGCCCGGAGAGAACCAAAGCCCAAGAUCCACCCAUGUGCCUCCUGCUCUCUGUCCUUCUCCAGUCAGAAAUUCCUCAGCCAACAUGUCCAACGCAGUCACCCCUCUCAGAUCAUCCUGAGGCCAUCUAUAGGAGACCACCUCCAACCAGAGGAUCCCUGCCCAGGCAGUCAAAAUCAGCAGCAGCAAUAUUCUGAUCCACACAGACCGAGUGGCAAACCAGAGGGUCGAGAGCCCAAGGAAAGGCCCCAUCCUUUGCUGAAAGGCCCCAAACUUUGCAUAAGGCUGAAGAGGAUUUCAACGGCCUCUUCCUACACACCCAAAGGACAAAUGGGGGCUUCUGAGGUGCAUGAGAGAAUGGCCGAAGAGCCCAGCACAAGCCAGAAGCUGAAUCCAGAGGACACAGGCAAAUUAUUCAUGGAGGCAGGGGUCUCAGGGAUUAUAAGACUCAAGUACGGAGAGCAUGAGCAAGGCUCCAAGGAUAGGUCAAGUCUAAUCACACCUGAGAAGAUACACACAGGGGAGAAGCCCUAUGUUUGCAAGGAGUGUGGGAAAAGCUUCAUUUGGAGGUCAGAUCUCACCAAACAUAAGAGGACACACACAGGGGAGAAGCCUUAUGUUUGUGGGGAGUGUGGGCGAGGCUUCAGUGAGAAGUCAAAUCUCACCAAACAUAAGAGGACACACACAGGGGAGAAGCCCUAUGUUUGUGGGGAGUGUGGGCGAAGCUUCAGUUUGAAGAAAAAUCUCAUUACACACCAGAGGACACACACAGGGGAGAAGCCCUAUGUUUGCAGGGAGUGUGGGCGAAGCUUCAGUGAGAAGUCACGUCUCACCAGACAUAAGAGGACACACACAGGGGAAAAGCCCUAUGUUUGUGGUGAUUGUGGACAAAGCUUCAGUUUGAAGUCAGUUCUCAUCACACACCAGAGGACACACACAGGGGAGAAGCCCUAUGUUUGCAGGGAGUGUGGGCGAAGCUUCAGUGUGAUGUCCAGUCUCAUCAGACACCAAAGGACACACACAGGGGAGAAGCCAUAUGUUUGCAGGGAGUGUGGGCGAACCUUCAGUGUGAUGUCCAAUCUCGUCAGACACCAAAGGACACACACAGGGGAGAAGCCCUAUGUUUGCGUGGAGUGUGAGUGA